UGUUUCCUUUCAUGACCUCUGUUGAAAAAAAGAAAUCACCCCUGAGAAAAGCCUCUAAGAAAUGCCUCUAGUGGUAAUUUCUGGAAUGGAAUUAAACAGAUUGCUGUACAAAGGGGUGGGGGGAGCAAGGCAAGGUGGACUGUGGUGUCAGUCCUAACGUGAGAUGUCAGCAGAGGAGGAGUUUCUUCCCUGUGAACACUAUAAAAGGUUAGUUCAUUCACCACAGAGGGACAGACUCUGCUCCACCCAUCCUGAAGCUACAGGUGCUCCCUUCUAGAAUCCUCAAUGGAUUUCACACGCAGAAGCUUGCAAAGAAGCCUGAGUUCCUCCUCACAGGCCUCUCUAGUCAGCAUAUAUAGGAAAGGGGGCAUGCAGCUCGUGGGGACUGCACCCAGCGUCUAUGCGGGGGCUGGAGGCCAAGGCACCCGCAUCUCAACCUCCAAAAGCUUCGUGAGCUAUGGGAAUGAUCUCAGCAAAGGGGACCUGGUUUUUGGCAAUGAGAAGAUGGCCAUGAGAAACCUCAAUGACCGCCUAGCAAGCUACCUAGAAAAAGUGCGGUCCCUGGAGCAGACCAACUCCAAACUUGAGAUACAGAUCAAGCAGUGGUACGAAACAAACGCGCCCAGCACCAGUCGGGACUACAGUGCGUACUACAAACAAAUCGAAGAGCUGAAAUCUCAGAUUAAAGAUGUUCAAUGGCAAAAUGUUCAAUGGGUCCUGAAAAUCGAUAAUGCUAAACUGGCCGCAGAGGACUUCAGGCUGAAGUAUGAGACUGAAAGAGGGCUGCGCCUCACCGUGGAGGCGGAUCUCCAAGGCCUGAAUAAGGUCUUUGAUGAUCUAACCCUAAACAAAACAGACUUGGAGGUUCAAAUUGAAGAACUGAACAAAGACCUGGUUCUCCUCAGAAAAGAACAUCAGGAGGAAGUGGACAGCCUACGCAAACAGCUGGGCAAUAAUGUCAGUGUGGAGCUGAUGGCUGCUCCAGCCCUGAACCUCAGUGCCAUCAUGGAUGAAAUGAGGCAGAAAUAUGAAGUCUUGGCCCAAGAGAACCUUAAGAAGGUCAAAGAAGAGUUUGAGAUACAGACUUUAACUCUGCAAGAACAAGUCACAGUGAACACUGCAGAGUUAAAAGAAUCGGAGAUUCAAGUAAAGGAGCUGAGACGCACCUACCAGAACUUGGAGAUAGACCUCAAGUCCCAUCUCAAUAUGAAAGAAUCCUUGGAGCAGACACUGCAAGAUACCAAAGCUCGUUAUCACAGCCAGCUGGCCGCCAUCCAGGCACUGCUCAACUCCAUUGAGGCCCAACUGAUGCAGGUUCGGACUGAUGCAGAACUCCAGAACAAAGAAUACAAUGACCUCCUUGACAUAAAGAUCCGGCUUGAGCAGGAAAUUGCUACUUACCGUCGCCUUCUGGAAGGAGAAGAUAUUCUAACCACAGAACAUCAGUUAAGCAUCGUGGGGGAGAAAGCAGAUGUAAAGAAGACCAGGAAGAUUAAGACCGUCGUGCAAGAGGUCGUGGAUGGCAAGGUUGUGUCAUCUGAAGUCAAAGAAAUGGAAGAAAGUAUAUAAACACCCACCAGAAGGAGAUGCUGCUGAGGUCUUGGAAGAAGUGUCACUAUAACUUUUGCUCCCUACAAGAAAGUGGCCACCGGAAAGCACUGUUAGUGCUUCCUAGUGAUGGGGUGGGAGGGGUAGCCCAUUUAUCUAUCAGUCUCUGUAAUUGAACAUAAGUGUUUUACUCAAAGGAGCUGCAAAUUGCCAGCAAAAGUGAAAUCCAAUGAGCAUUAGGAUAUUUAAAGCAUCAUUACUGCCAUCUUUACCAUGAAACAUAUUAAUUACGAGCUACAGACCACCUUCUAUCAAUUCAUUAAUGUUCCUGAAAAUUGUAACACAUUUCAAUUAUACUAAACCUCAUGGAACAGAGGUUCCAUGCAAAUAAACCUCUUUCUCCCUCACGGUUCCUGUUCAUGAACUGCAAACAUCUCCUUUCCAGGGCCCCUGGAUUCUUGAUUGACGUAAUUUCUUGAUUGAUUUCAUAGCAUUUUCAGGAUCGGUACCAUUCUGCUGGCUGUGAAUUAUAUCUGCUUUCCCCAUUGUCUCCACUGCCUUUUAAUACUCAGCUCAGCUCUUUGAAUAAUUUGAGAGUCACAUUCCAAUCAUAAGUGAUGAGCAGAAUAAGAAUGAAGCAUAUUAUGCUUGAAGUGGGAGUAGAUUAAAAGCAAAAUUAAAAAGUGAAACUCUUUUCAAGGCAGGAUGCUUCUCCUAAUGAUAUUAAACUGCAUAAAUCAUUGGGUUCUCUCUUCCUUUGUGUGGUGAAUAUAUGCAAUGCUGUUUCUCACUAUUUUUUGUAAUAGCUUUAAUGAGUUAUAACUCACCACAAAGUUCAUCCUUGUAAAGUGUACAAUUCAGUGGUCUUUAGCGUGCUCACAGGAUUGUGCAACCAUCACCACUAUAAAAUUUUAGAGUGUUUUAUCAUCCCAAAAAGAAACCCCAUUAGAGUCACUCCCACUCCCCACCCUCCUAGCCCCUGACACUAACCUACUUCCUCUCUCUAUGGACUUGCCUAAUCUGGACAUUUCAUAUAAAUGAGAUCAUGCAAUGUGUUCUUUUGUAGACAAUGUUUAGAGCAGCAUUAUUCAUAACAGCCAAGAAAUGGAAACGACUCAAAUGUACAUCAACUGAUGAACAGAUAAACAAAAUGUGGUAUAUUCAUACAACAGAAUAUUAGUACUAACAG